AUGAUACUCGUGGAUCUCGAUGACGAUCUGUUGAUAGCGAUUGUGGCGGAGUCUGACCUCGCUUCCGCGGUCGCCCUCAAACGAUGCAGCCGCCGCUUCAAGGGCCUCGCCACCCCGCUGGUGGCAAACGCCGUGGAAAGGAUGGACGAGAAGUGGCGGGACGCGGCAGCCAAAAUAGGCGGCCGAGGCGAAGCUGAGAUCACAAACGGGCUCGAGCGCAACGAAGUGCUGACCACCCUCUCGCUCUGGAGGAACAAGAUCGUCUUCGUCGAGGGCGCCAAGGCGAUCGCCGAGGCGCUGCGCGGCAACGGGGUGCUGAAAAACCUGGCAAUCAGCGGAAACAAAAUCGGCGACGAGGGCGCGAAGGCAAUCGGCGGCGCUCUCGCAGUCAACGAGGAGGCGGCCCUCGGCAUCGUGCGUGUCGAGCGGCAGCGCAACAAGCUGACCUCGCUGGGCCUUGCUCGCUGCAAUAUCGGCCCGACUGGCGCCGCAGAGAUCGCCGAGUACGUGUCGGGCAGUGCGGUGCUGAAAACCCCCUCCACAUCGGCGGCAACAAGAUCGACGACGAGGGCGCCGCUGCGAUUGCCGAGGCGCUAUGUGGCAAUAAGGGUGCUGACCAACCUCAACCUCGGCCAUAACAACAUCGGCCCCGAGGGCGCCAAGGCGAUUGGCGAGGCUCUCGCGGUAAUAAAAACGGACACCUCUACACUGUGA